AUGGUGGUAUUGCUAGAUUUAGCAUUCUUUCGUCACAAAUCGUCGUUCUCCUUCUUCAGGAUCUCCAUGGCUUCCAACGCCUGCUUCAGUUUUUCUUCAGCUGCUGCUAGUCGUGCCUCCACGGAUGUUGGCAACAUAUCCAUCGCUUGGCUUGCUAAGGAACGAGUUACAGUUGAGGUGUCUGUUUCUGGUUCGCUCCAGAAGGAGAAAGAGGUUCUCAACAACGAGGAAGGCUCCCCUUAUGUGAUUGACUGUUUUGGGGAAGAGAUUACGACCCAAGAAAAGGGCGAGAUGGUCUACAAUCUUUUAUUGGAGUAUGCCUCUAAAGGAACACUAGCAAAUUCAAUCGAGAAAUCUGAUGGCUGUCAGUUGCCCAAAACUGAUGUAAAGCGCUAUACCUGGUCAAUCCUCAAAGGGCUCAGUCACAUUCAUGAUUGUGGUUUCAUUCACUGCGAUUUAAAGCCUGAGAAUGUUUUACUCGUGCCCGCCAUUAGCCCCAGCAGUAAUUUUGUAGCAAAGAUUGGAGAUUUUGGAUUAUAG